AUGUUGAAAUGGGCACAAGGUGCUGUGGCUGCCGUGACAGGUAGCGCCGAGCCUAUUUAUGGAGCAGAAGCUUUUAUGUCAGUUGAUAAAACUGUGGCCGGUAGAAAUCCUUACGGGAAGCUAGAAAAAGCUGACCUUGCAUGGGAACAGCCCCCACAAGCUCAUGUUGAGACUCAAACGUUCUACUUCACCGAUCCGAAAUCGAACUACUAUGGCUUUUGCCAGCUUAUCCACUCAAACCCUGUGAACCUUGCUUUCACCUCGCAAUUUACUUUCUUGCUCAAGAAACGGGACAACCCCGACUUCAAGCUGUGGACAUCUACUCGGUUGAGCGGCGCAACAGUUGUUGAAGAUGAGGACAAGACAAACUUUUCCGCGGACAACUUCUCCAUCACUUUGAAUGAGACAGCAGACGAGUACGAGUUCAAGUCGACCGUCAACCCGGAGUCUGAGGUGAAUCUUGUCUUCAAGCGAGUUGGUGAAGGCUUCAAGAUCGGAGCCGAUGGUACGUCUCGGUACGGUGAGGAUCUCGCGCAGCCUUGGGGCACGAUGCGCCACGUCUUUUGGCCUCGCCUGGAUAUCUCUGGUACCAUCAAGACAGCAGACGAUAUGAUCACUCUAGAUCAUUCUCAGGGUCUCUACGUGAUGGCGUUGCAGGGUAUGAAGCCGCAUCACGCAGCUGCUUCUUGGAACUUUUGCAACUUCCAGGGCCCCACAGUCAGUGUUGUUGUCAUGGAGUUCACCACUCCUGUCUCGUAUGGCUCGUCGCGGUCGGCGAUCGGCGCUAUCCAUCACAAUGGUGAGUUGAUCGCCACUUGCACAGGUACGACUACCGAGCAUGUCGAUCCUACGGCCGAUGAAGUUGGUUGGCCAGCACCAAAAGCCAUCAAGUUUGCACUCGAGGGACCCAAGCCAGGUGUUCCCAACGCGCAGAUCAAUGACCCCGAGAACAUUGUCAAAGCCAAGGUUUCGGGAGAGCUCAACUAUCUCGUUGACCGGGUGGAUGUUCUGGCAGAGAUCCCCGCAUUCGUGAAGCGGGUGGUUAACAACGUCUCCGGCGCCAACCCCUACAUCUACCAGUACAUGAACGACAUGGACGUCGAAGUCGAAGUCGAUGGGGAGACCAUCAAGGAGAAAGGUGUUGGAUACGUCGAGGUUACGUUCAUUUCCGAGACAUAA